AUGAUAAAAUCAGAUAUUUUGAACAUUUUUGAAAUUGAAAAUUGCUAUUCUACUCAAAGAUAUUAAGUAUGCAUUUCUUAUUUAUAAAUGUAUGAAUUUUACAUCAUUGAUUCUAUAUUUCCUGCCAUAUCUAUAUAUUUAUAAAAUCUUCCUGAUAUUCCAUCUAACUAACAACAUGAUCUUUGUAAUAAUAUAUAAGUAAAAGAUUUUUUUUUUAAAUAAUAUAUAUUUUUUUAAAUUCAAAUAUAUUUAAAGAACAUAAGUUAAAUAAUAUAUGAAUAUUGGGAUGAAAGCAUUUUGAAUAAAAAAAAAACUCUUGAUAAAAAUAUAAAUUCAAUUUUGGAAAUAAACUAAAAAUAAAGUAGUUUACAAUUUAAUUGCGAAAAAGUAAGAAGAUUAUAUAGUUAAAAAAUCCAAUAAAAACUAAGCAUAUAAAAACAACUUAAAAAAAAAAUGAUUGAAAAUCAUUCUAUUAUAAUGAAAAAAUUAGCUUACAAAUAAUACAAAAUUGGAUAAAAUAUAAUUAAUUCUUAAAUUUAAAAUUAAAAAUAAACAGUUUAAAUUAUAUUCGAUUAAAUUUUUAUAGAAUAAGAACAUAAUAUAGAGCUUGAAUAAUUAAUAUAUCUCUUAAUUACAAUAAGAAUGCAAGAUAAAUAUAAAUUCAGGUCCAUUAUAUAAAGCUUUAUAGCAGUUUUGAGUUGUGAUUAAAUUCAAACAAACACAAGAAUGAACUCUAUGAAAAUUUUAAGAAAAAUAUCUAACUUUAAGUAAGAUUUAGAAACAAAUUAAUCAAUUCAAAAAGAUCUUAUUUCAAUGGGUUUUCUGGAUUUCCUUUGUAAUAUAAUAAUAGUAGAAUAAGAUACAUAGAUGAAAUUGGAAUAUAUUAAAUGUUUAAUCGAUUUUAUUGAAGAAGGAAAUAAAGAUAUAUAAGAAUCUUUAUAUUAAUAUUUAUUAUAAGAUAAAGAAAAUAGUUUUCUUGUAGAAAUAAACCGAUAUUUAUAAACAAACUUCAAUUAUUUCAAAGAAUAUGUGAAAAGCCAAAAAGAAAAGACUAAAAAUAUGAGUUUUAUUUCAAAUAAUUCCCAUUAAGAUGUGAACUCUUAAUUUCAUUUUAAAAAAAUUAUUUUCGUAAAGCUAGAUAUAUGUGUAAAGAUACUCGAGCUUCUUAGACUUUCAACAGAAAAUCACUACUAUCCAAUGCAAUGCUUCCUAAAGUAAUAAAUAAAUGAAGAUGGUUCAAUAAAAAAUAACAAUAUAAACAUGCUUUUAAUUCUAACGGAUAUUUUUGGGAAAUACUCACUUAUUAUAUAAGAUGAUAAUCUUUAAAUGGGAAUAAAAAUAUUAGAUACGCUUAUUGAAUGGAUUUAAGGGCCUUGCGAGUAAAAUUAACUUUUUCUAUGCAAUACGAAUCUUUUGGAAAACUUGGAAGAUCUUUAAUAUGAUAUUAAUAGUAGAAAUAAAAUGAGCGUAUUUAAAACAGAGUUCAAUUAAAAAAUUAUGCUUAUUUUGAGAAACUUAUACGAUAUUAAUUAAGAUCCAUAUAUUAUUAAUAAAAUUUCGCUAUAUAUUGAUCCUACAUUAAUGAUUGAAAAAAUUGCUUUCAAUUAUAAACUUUAUAAUGAAUAUAUGAAAAAAAUUAGUAAUUUUCAUUAAGGGUUAAGAAUCUUUUUGGCUAAUAGCGAAAUUAAAAAUAAUUAAGAUAUAAUUAUUAAUAAUUAAAAUUAAUUUUAGAGUUUAUGCUCAGAAGAUGAAAAACUUUUUUUAAAAAAUUCAACUUUAUAUAAACCAGAAACUAUAGAUUUUGAUCUCAAAAAUUAAAAUAAAAAUACUAGUAAAACUUAUAAUAAUGCUAUGCUUUACGAAAAAGCUAAUUUAAUUAUUACUGAAGCUUUUGAAACAUAUAUGCUUUUGAAAAAUUAAAAAUUCCUUGAUAAAAGUUUUAAAUAAAAAUACAAUUAUUCAUUAGAAUAACUUCUAAACUAAAAUAACAGUCAAGAACAUGAAAUAAGAAACGCCUUAAUUUUUAUGCAAAUUAAUACAUGUUCAAUAGAAAUAGUAAACUAAAAAAACAACUUGUAAAAAAUAUAUUUCCGAAAACAUCCAAUAACAAAAUACCUGAGUACUAUAACAAUGAACAAAUUCAUCUAAAAUGUAAACAGAGAAGGUUCUACUGAAAAAAUAAACGGCUUAUUAAGCUAAAAAGAAAACUUUUUAAACGAAAUGGAAUAGUUUUUAAAAUUAAAUGCUUUAGGUUUGUACUUUAAUCUUAGUUAUUUAGCUUUAUUUAGGAAUAUUAAUUUUACAAUAACUUUAUUAAUAAAUUUAACAUUACUUAUAGAAAUAUUUGAAUAUGAAAAUAACUCAUAAAACAUUUAGAAUAUAUUUUAAUUAUUAAACUUGAUAAUCUCAAUAGCAGUUUUUAUUGUUUGGAAUAUUUUUUAAAUGCCAUUAGAGUACAAAAUAAUCUAAAACAAAUUUUUUAAAUUAAAAAUGGACAGAUAAAAUAUAAUAAUCAAAAUUUUGUUCAUUUCCUAUGAAAUUAUUUUAAAUACUAAUUCCGUAUAUCUUCUAGUUUAUAUUUUAUUCUCUUUAUGUGGAAUGAUAAUCAAUAAAUUUUUUUAUUCCUUAUUACUUUUAGAUAUUAUUUAACGUUCUACAGUAUUAUAAAAUGUUACUAAAGCAAUUACUUAGAAUAUUAUAUAGCUUGUAAUGACUGUUGUUUUGGGAAUCGUAGUUAUUUAUAUUUAUGCUAUGCUUGCUUAUUUCAUUCCUUCUAUAAAAGAUUCACUCAUUUAUUAUGGAGAUGAUAAGACCCUUCCUAUUUGUAAAAAUGCAAAAGAUUGUCUACUUAUUUUCUUAGAUAUGGGGCUCAGAAACGGGGGAGGGAUAGGUGAUGUGUUUUUAUAUCCUUCACCUGAAUAAGGGAAUGAUGAAUAUAUUUCAAGACUUUUCUUUGAUUUGUCAUUUUUUAUCUUCAUCAUUAUUAUCUUACUUAAUAUUAUUUUUGGUAUUAUAAUUGAUUCUUUUGCUGAAUUAAGAGAUGCAAAAAGAUUUUAAGAUUAGGAUAGAAAAAAUAAAUGCUUUAUAUGUAAUAUAGAAAGAAGCGAAUUUGAAAAUAAAGGAAUUAGUUUUAGUAAGCAUUAAAAUAAAUAACACAAUGUUUGGAAUUACUUAUUUUAUUUAAUACAUCUAAAAAUUAAAAAUUAAAGUGAUUAUGAUGGAACUGAAACUUAUGUUUAUGAAAAAUAUAUACAAUAGGAUAUUUCUUGGUUUCCUAUAAACUAAUCGUUAAAAUUGUGA